CCGCCGAAGAGGUCUCGCGUUGGAGCACCUCCCCCAAGGCUUGAUCUCAGCGAAUUCAAAACGCCCGCACUGCCCCCUAAACACAGCGUUACUUCGCCGCUGUUCUUCUCCCACCGUCGAAGACCCUCGCUAGCGCGGCCUGCAAGCUUCUCGGCUUCCGAAGCUGCGGGAACCAUGUUGAGAAGUGUGAAGGACCACUCGGUAGCCGAAACGACCACGCUCAGACUAGCCAGAGGAACAAUCAGCUCAGCCAGCCCAGCAAGGUCAUCGAGUACGCCCGGCAGCGGCAGCUGGAGCUCUAUCGAUGCGGCUAGCUUAAACAGGAGCCCGGACACCCAAGUGGGUGGUCCAGGACUGCCCUUCCUCCAGGGAAUUGGUAUACUCGAAUUACUCGAGAGAGAUGAUAGGCCAACUUUUGUUGUGGAUGGUGCGAACGCCGCCAACUCUGCACCAGGACCAUUCGUGAUUUUAUACACAAAUCCUGCAUUUCAGGCGUCAGAAGGUAUCCGGCUCAUGUUACAGGGAGACUCUCCGGAUGGAGAUGCGAAAACUGACUUUGCUGCUUUCAAAUCAUGGGUCAAGAAUCCUAGCGGCCAGCAUGAGGGCUUGGACAUUUUCUUGCCCUCACAUCAUUUUGCAGGAGUUGACUGGACUUGUUCGAUCAUCAGGAACCGAUUCCGGUUCGUGAGCGCCAACAAAAGUGCUGCUUCAAUAGCGCGCAAUUCCCCCCAGCCGCAGUUGGACGGAGCCAGCAGUGUGGACUCUCUUACUCGUGAAAACACACCGGGUGCACAGCCGAAGACGCCAAGCGACAUGACAAUUCCAGAUGCUCCUGUUGACUACUUUGAUGGUGUGGCAGAAGCAAACCCGGGUGCGCCCGACUCUAUUAUCGGUAGCGAUGUGGAGGACCAAAUUUUUGUUAGGCGAAACAGUGACUUUAUUUCCGAUAUCGAUUCAAUUCCAUUAGAGCGACCAUCUUUCGACUGGACACGCAUCCCACUAACCCCCGAGCUUCCAUCACAUAUACAAUUUGCUCGAACCAGAGAUUGGGCUUCGACAUCACUAGGCCCUAUCGAAAACUGGUCAGCAGAUCUGCGUGCUAUGGCCAACAUGGUGAUGGGAAGUCCACACCCUGCCGCAAUGUACUGGGGCCCUGACCACGUUGCUAUAUACAACGAGGCCUACGUGCCUAUGGCAGGUCAGAAGCACCCGGACCUGAUGGGACAAAGUUACAAAGUAGCCUGGAAAGAGAUCUGGCCUGAGAUAGAACCUAUUUUCAUAAGUGCCUGGCAGUCUGGACAGGCCACGAUGAAAAAUGACCAUCGACUCAUUGUCAAUCGUCAUGGCUUUGAGGAAGAGACCUUUUUUUCCUGGUCUAUAGUUCCUCUGGUCGGCGACGAUGGGUCAGUUGUGGGACUAUACAAUCCUUCAUUCGAGAACACGCGACGAAAAGUUGCAGAAAGAAGGAUGCUUACGCUUCGUGAAGUGGGCGAGAAGACUGCGAUGGCUCGAGACGUUCGAAGUUUCUGGUCCCAAGUUCAGCAAGGUCUUGAAUGGAAUGAGGAUGAUAUUCCAUUCGCGUUGGUCUACUCAGUUUCUGAUGACGCUGAGAGCGACAUGUCUUCCAUGCACUCCGGCAGUCUUUCUAAUCCACCUCAACUGGUGCUUGAAGCAUCGUUGGGAAUUCCUGAGGGACAUCCUCGUCUAGUGAGCCCGCUUGAUUUGAGGACGAGUUCUGAUGGGUUUGCUUCAUACAUGAGAGACUCUAUGGUGGAAGCAGGCAUGCCGAUCGUCUUGUCUAGGGAGGACGGUACACUUGCUGGUGAUUUGAUGGACGGGUUUGAGUUCCGAGGCGAGGCUGUUAGUUGUCGAGCCAUAGUCAUCUUCCCUAUCCACCCUAUCACGGGCGGCGAGAACGUUGUGGGCUUCCUUAUCAUGGGUCUGAACCCGCUGCGACCAUACGAUGACGACUAUCAAUUAUUUAUACAUCUUUUGUCGAGACAGCUCGCAACAUCCAUGGCUUCGGUAGUCUUGUUCGAAGAGGAAAUCAGGCGAGGACAACGAGCCGCUCGUUUGGCAGCGUUGGAUCGUCAAGAAUUAACACAGCAACUUCAUUUGAGGACACAAGAAGUCGAGGAAAGCGAAUUGAAAUUCACACGGAUGGCUGAAUUCGCCCCUGUUGCCAUGUUUAUCGCCAAUCACGAGGGUUUGAUCACGUAUAGCAAUGACAUGUGGUGGGAAAUCGCACAACAACCAAGACACAAUUAUUUCGUUGAUUCCUGGAUGAACGAAGUCAAUGAAGAAGAUCGGCCAGCAUUAGAAGAAGCUUGGCAGCAAUUAACACGGCAAAAGAUCGCCAUCACUGUCGAGUUUCGUUUCAAACAAUCGCGCGAGGAGAGUGGCAAUGUAAUUGACAAUUGGGUGCUCAUGAGUGCAUACCCUGAGAAGUACGGAGAUGGCAGCAUCAAAGAAAUAUUCGGUUGCAUGACCAAUAUUUCCCAGCAGAAGUUGGCCGAACAGGUCCAAGACCACCGUCGUCAAGAAGCCGUGGAACUCAAGCGACAACAAGAAAACUUCAUUGAUAUCACGAGCCACGAAAUGCGAAACCCGUUGAGCGCUAUUCUUCAAUGCGCGGAUGAAAUCUCUGGGAUCCUGUCAACAUACAAGGGCAAGCAAGAUUUCAACCGUGAGGCCGACGACUUGCGAUCUGCAUUGGAAGCCUGUCUCGAAGCUUCUAAUACCAUCGCACUAUGCGCAAGCCACCAGAAGAGAAUAGUGGACGAUGUGCUUACCCUGUCAAAGCUCGAUUCGCAGUUACUUCUGGUGACCCCGGUUGACGUACAACCAGUUGCUGUGGUACAACGAGUCUUGAAGAUGUUUGAGGGCGAAUUGAAUGCAAACGGCAUCGAGAUGACCUUCCAGGUCAAGAAUCGAUACAUUGACAUGGGUGUUGAUUGGGUCAAGCUGGACCCCUCGCGUCUGCUGCAGGUCUUGAUCAAUCUCAUGACCAACGCAAUCAAGUUCACUAAUUCCCGGAGAGAGCGCAAGAUUGUCGUUACUUUGGAUGCGUCGAGGAAUAUCACGGAACGUACAGAUUCGCAUAUUACGUUCUUCCCUAGCGAUCGACCCGACAGAGGAGAAAUCACGGACGAUGCUGAUUGGGGCACCGGCGAGAAGUUAAAUCUUCAUUUCAGCGUGCGUGAUACUGGCCGGGGUCUCGAUGAACAUGAGAAAUCACUGUUGUUCCAGCGCUUCUCGCAGGCUUCGCCACGGACGCAUGUUCAGUAUGGUGGAUCGGGAUUAGGCUUGUUCAUAUCCCGCAUCCUGACAGAACUGCAAGGUGGCCAGAUUGGGGUUGAAUCAGAGAAAGGCAUCGGCAGCGAGUUCUCGUUCUACGUCCAAAGUCGUAUGUCCGAGGGUCUUCAAGAUGAUGCCAUAGCGACAGCUCCGCCUCUACAUAGAGCACCUGGAUCUUCAACUACGAUAGAAAAUCGACAGCCUCAUCCAGGGCCAAAGGUUCCGGUAAAGAAGGCCAUACCGAUGGCGAAGCCCUCAGCAGCUCCUGGAAAGCGUGUGUUUGAUAUUCUGAUUGUAGAGGAUAAUCUCGUCAACCAAAAAGUACUGCAGAGACAGUUGAAGAACAACGGGAAUAAUACCCAUGUCGCAAACCAUGGAGGGGAAGCUAUUGAGGUACUGAAAAAAUCGCGCUUCUGGGUGGGCAAGGAAUCAUCCGGCGUCGACAUAUCUGUCAUUCUGAUGGAUCUUGAGAUGCCGGUAAUGGAUGGCAUGACAUGCACGCGCAGGAUACGCGAGCUCGAAAGGCAAGGAACCAUCGUCAGUCAUAUCCCCAUUAUUGCUGUAACAGCAUAUGCACGGCCGGAACAAAUCGAGGACGCCAAGGCCGCGGGAGUUGACGACGUGAUUUCCAAGCCAUUCCGGAUUCCGGAUCUGAUCCCUCGUGUGGAGGAACUUGUC